CUCCCCCUCCCCUCGGUGUACGGAGUCUUCAACCGGCUAACCACUGUAUUCUAUUACGAUAGGGGCCCCGAAAUAGAACUAUGUUUUGGAGACGACGGAGGAGACCCCGCAGCGGAGAAUGAUUGGUCUCUGCUGCCAUUCAUGGCCCUUUCCGAUGGGGCGCAUAUGUCUACCGAGGAGUUCUCUUACUUUACCGUACGGCGAAGGGAGACCGCAACCGAACCCGCAACGUCACUUUUCGGCAUCUCUUGCUCCAGACAGAUUGACUCGAACCUCCUCAUAUACCGGCCUCCAGAUGUCACGAGAUCGACGGUACAAAAGGCGGUGGUCGUGGUGACGGAUAGCCCUCGAAGUCUAGGGCAGCUGAGAGAAAAACUGUCUGUCGUGACAUCGGCUUGGUUUGCGCAGCGGGACUUCUCCGACUCCGACAUCCUCAAGAAAUUCCGCGAAGGUUUGAUAAUUAGUCGGCAGAAAAAUGAGGAAUCCAAAGACCAGAACCUAGGACUUUCUCUGCGGGAGAUGAUUCACGAGUUCAAACAUCAGACCCUGGUCCUGUUCAAAGCUUUACUCUUGCAACCCAAGAUGCUUUUCUUCGGCUCCAGAUGCGAACGUCUUUGCAUGAUUCAAUUCUCUCUUGUUUCACUAAUACCGGGUCUCAUGAACGAACUUCAGGACUCUGCCGACCCAGCAUUUGAUACCUAUGCACAGACGGUGGAAAAGCCAACUUCUCUGAAAACGAGUGAUAGAAAUUCCUUGUUGGCUUAUAUGGGGUUGCCGCUGCAAAUUUUUGGCAAGGGCAGUAUGUUUGGGCCUUAUACGCCCCUGCAGCAGCUGGAUCUGCUGGCAGAUGACGGAACCAAAUCGUAUGUUGUUGGUUCGACGAAUUCUCUUCUUUUACAACAAAAAGAUCGCUAUAGCGAUAUCUUAGUUAAUCUUGAUGAAGACACUAUUAAUAUUUCAUCUCCAACCCUACGAAAUGCCCUGACACUUUCCGUCGCGGAUAGACGGUGGAUCGACCUUUUGACCCAAAUCAUUAAUGAUACUUGGGACGAAGCGCAUCCGCAGCAGCCCAAGACCCACGGAUACAUGGGAUCGGAGGAGUUUAUACGACUCCAAUUCGAAGAAUACUUGUUGGCCUUGCUCGCCUGCAUGCAAUAUCAUGAAGAGCUCAACUCAUUCAACGCUGGCGAACCGGGUCGGAGAAGCCGGGCGCAUUUGGAUGCAUUCAACAUUGAGGGGGAUCCUGCAUUGGAGUUCAACCCAGAAUUCUUGGCACAGUGGAGAAAUACCCCCAAUUACUCCCUGUUCAAGCGGUUGACCUCCGAUGCGCUUCUCUUCUCCAUCGCCGAACCACGGCAUCCUUGUGCCGGAGGGCUCACCAUCGAUGAUGUCCAACGACGUCUGACUCAACAGGUCGCGGAGCUUCACUUGGACGAGAGAGUCCGUGAAGGCCGCGAGGCGCUGAACAGACACCUUUCGACCGGCCAGAAGAAAGUGAGCGCCGCAUUCACCAAUUUCUGGUCGGAUAUCGAGUCCAUGCGGGAGGCCCAGCGUAAAAAGAACGAAGAAAAAGCCACACAGUCGCAGCGAUCAUCGUUAGACAGGGGGUCCCGAAACUCGCCACCAUUCUCACCUUCCGAUACGGCAUCCGUACACUCAACGGGAGGUUCAUCUUGGUUCUCAGGACGCAAAGCUCCCGCGGUGGACAUUACCCAAGCACAGGCAUCCGUGAACACGGCGGGCCAGAAAGCCGGCGCCUACCUCAGCUCCUGGGGCUCCUGGGCAAGUGAAAAGCGAAAGGAAUGGCAAGAAAAGAGAAACACACCAUCCUCCCCAACCUCCGUCGUGUCUCCAUCGGCCCCGACAUUGAGUGGCCUAACAGAGACCACAGAUACGGACAGGGGAAGGCGACUCUCCAUGCAGUCGCGCCGUAGUGAAGACUCCAUCGCCCUCUCUCGCAGUGGAAGCCGGAGAAAGCGGUGGAGCAACAUCCUCCUACGGCGUGAAAGCGGCGAAUUCAGCUCUGCCUAUCGCAAAGACGACGAUAACGGCAACAGUAGCGGUACCGCCGAGCAGGACAACAACACUUACUCGAAGUCUCCUCUUUCGCGAGCAGCUUCUGUAGCUGAUGACGAUGUCUCUCCAAUAGCUGCUGCUCAGACCGACGAACCCACGACUUAUUUCGAUGCCGAAAACACCGUGCCAGCACCCGUUCCUGCCGAGGAUACCAAGUCGUCAUCGUCAUCAUCAUCACCCAUCGAACGAUUCCACUCCCCGGAGCCAAACCCAUGGGAAGACGAGGCAGGAGACGAGGCAAAGGAAUCCCCCUCACGACCAUCCACCGACAGCAAGAAAGUACCGCCCCAGCUGGUCCAAUCUCAUGCAGAGAAAUAAAAAACAAAUCAACCGUUUUCGCCUAACUUCAACAUCUCAACCGGCUAUCCAGGCGAGUUUUCUCGAUCUCUCUGUGAUCACUAUAUAUAGGAACCCAGCCCAGUCCCUUUUUUUUUUCUAGGUACUUUGCAUGUAUGCCCACUCGUUAUGUCAAUGGCAACCAACCUUCUUUCCUUCUUCUUUCCGCCUCCUGUCGAGAGAGUCUUAAUACGAUACCCGAAGAUACUAACAAAUAAACAAACACACAAACAAACAACGCACGCACGCAUGUAUGAUGUCUUCUCCUUCCUAGCAGCUACCUUACCUUACCUUACCUUACCACAGACCAACCAUCAUGUAUAUGUUCUGGAUGUCUAUCUGUCUGCAAGCAUAUUGUCUGUCUGUCUGUCUACUUAAUUUCUUUGAUACCAUCUACGCAUACGAAAUAGAGUCGAACAAUAAUGCAUUAUUAACCUACUCUCGCC